AUGCAAGCGUCUAGAGGUCUAGGAGUACGCCGUUGGGCUGAUUUUGCCGAUGACAAUUGUCCCGUCUGCCUGAUCAAAGCUGGAAUGACAGACCCGGGCGGUGGUCACAUGCCAGGAGACCCCGACUUCUGGGCCAAGAGGCUGAUCGAUCUCGUCCUCAAGACACGAGAUGACGGCGAGCACCCCAAACCACUGGUGCUUCGAUACGUACUCCAGUGGUGUCGGGUGAUCCGGAGGAUCGAGGAGCUCAAGAUCUGUAGGAUCUGCUGGACCCUACACGUCGAUAUGACCGCCCUCGUGAACUUUGACACACAACGCAAUGCACCGAGCGAUGAAAUGAGCGACGACGAAGAAGCGCGACCGGUUGACCCACUGCUUCAGGACCACUAA